GUCGAAAACCACAAGGGAGAGUGAGUUUAUCUGUGGAAUUAGGGAUUGAAUGAAAAAGGCGACGCCUCCAUCGCCUACUCCCCGAUCCACUUAUUUUCACAUUGCCCAGGAUUCGUGCUACCCUCUCCCGCUUCCAUGGUUUUUCUAAGCCUUGAACACUGAGUGAUUCAAUCACAAGCAAUGGGAAGGCUUCUGUGUGCUUUUCUAUUUUGUUUUCUUCUCGUAAAUUCCGUUUUCUCUUGGAAGAAAGAAGAGUUCAGAAACUGUGAUCAGACCCCAUUUUGCAAGCGGGCCCGAUCCCGGAAGCCGGCCGCGUGCUCAUUGAUCGCCGCCAGUGUGCACAUCUCCGAUGGCGAUCUGGUGGCUAAACUCAUUCCCAAAGAGAAAGAUCCAGAGAGCGCUGAAAAUGGAACGAAUCCCGUGAAGCCAUUGGUUCUCGUUUUAUCAGCGUAUCAGGAUGGCGUGCUGAGGGUCAAGAUUGACGAAGACCCAAGUUUAAACCCACGGAAGAAAAGAUUUGAGGUGCCGGAUGUGAUCGUACCUGAGUUUUUGAAUAAGAAGCUGUGGCUGCAGAGGUUGAAGGAGGAGAAUGAUGAUGCUGGUGUUCUGUCUGUAGUUUAUCUUUCUGAUGGUUAUGAAGGCGUCAUUAGGCAAGAUCCGUUUGAGGUUUUUGUGAGAGAGAGUGGGAAGAAUGGGAGAAAGGUUUUGUCACUGAAUUCAAACGGGUUGUUUGAUUUUGAGCAGUUGAAAGACCAAAAAGAGGAGGACGAGAAUUGGGAAGAGAGGUUCAGGAGCCACACUGAUUCGAGGCCUUAUGGACCUCAGAGUAUAAGCUUUGAUGUGUCAUUUUAUGAGGCUGAUUUUGUUUAUGGCAUCCCUGAACAUGCUGCAAGUUUGGCUUUGAAGCCAACUAGAGGGCCUGGAAUUGAGGAAUCCGAACCUUACAGGCUUUUUAACUUAGAUGUAUUUGAAUAUUUGCACGAUUCGCCAUUUGGCCUGUAUGGAUCCAUUCCUUUCAUGACUUCACACAGCAAGUCUAGGGGAACUUCUGGCUUCUUCUGGCUGAAUGCUGCCGAAAUGCAGAUUGAUGUGUUGGGGUCAGGUUGGAAUGAGGAAUCCACAUCAGUGUUAAGGUUACCUUCGGAUAAGAAGAAGGUCGAUACCUUAUGGAUGAGUGAGGCUGGUGUGGUGGAUGCAUUCUUUUUUGUCGGUCCAGGUCCGAAGGAUGUUGUAAGGCAAUAUACGAGUGUGACAGGGACUUCGGCAUUGCCACAAUUGUUCUCCAUUGCUUAUCACCAGUGCCGGUGGAAUUAUAGAGACGAGGAGGAUGUGUACAACGUUGACUCUAAAUUUGACGAGCAUGACAUUCCAUAUGAUGUUUUGUGGCUGGAUAUCGAGCAUACUGAUGGAAAAAAAUAUUUUACAUGGGAUAAGCUGUUAUUCCCAAAUCCUGAAGAAAUGCAGAAGAAAUUAGCUGCGAAAGGGAGACGCAUGGUGACUAUUGUGGAUCCUCACAUAAAGAGGGAUGACUCAUACUAUAUACAUAAGGAGGCUACUGAAAAGGGAUACUAUGUGAAGGAUGCAACUGGGAAGGAUUUUGAUGGAUGGUGCUGGCCUGGCUCCUCAUCAUACUUAGAUAUGGUGAAUCCAGAGAUUAGGCAAUGGUGGGGAGAUAAAUUCUCAUACAAGAAUUACAUCGGAUCCACCCCUUCUCUCUACAUUUGGAAUGACAUGAAUGAGCCUUCUGUCUUCAAUGGCCCAGAGGUUUCAAUGCCCAGAGAUGCUUUGCACUAUGGCAAUGUUGAGCAUCGAGAGUUGCAUAAUGCCUAUGGAUACUAUUUUCACAUGGCUACUUCAGAUGGCCUUGUUAAACGAGGAGAUGGUAAAGACCGACCUUUUGUUUUAUCAAGAGCAUUUUUCCCUGGAAGCCAAAGAUAUGGUGCAGUCUGGACAGGAGAUAACACAGCUGAAUGGGAUCAACUGAGGGUCUCUGUUCCUAUGAUCUUGAGUCUUGGUCUCACUGGGCUGUCUUUCUCUGGUGCUGAUGUUGGUGGAUUUUUUGGUAAUCCUGAUACUGACCUGUUGGUUCGAUGGUAUCAGCUUGGUGCCUACUAUCCCUUCUUUAGAGGGCAUGCUCAUCAUGACACCAAAAGGCGGGAACCUUAUUUAUUUGGGGAACGCAACACGCAACUCAUGAGGGAGGCCAUACAUGUCCGCUAUAUGUUACUUCCUUACUUCUACACGCUAUUUAGGGAGGCGAAUGUCAGUGGUAUGCCUGUUGCACGCCCGCUUUGGAUGGAAUUUCCUUCUGAUGAGAAAACUUUCAGUAAUGAUGAAGCAUUUAUGGUGGGAAGCAGUCUUUUGGUGCAAGGAAUCUACACCAAGGAUGCCAAGAAAGUGUCGGUGUAUCUUCCUGGAGAACAGCCUUGGUAUGACCUGAAAACAGGAGCUCCUUACAGAGGAGGAGUUACACACCAAUUGUCAGUUUCGGAAGAUAACAUACCUUCUUUCCAACGUGCUGGUUCUAUCAUACCUAGAAAAGAUAGAUUCCGAAGAAGCUCCACACAGAUGGAAAAUGAUCCAUUCACUCUGGUUAUUGCUCUCAACAGUUCGUAUGCUGCUGAAGGUGAACUCUACAUGGAUGAUGGAAAGAGCUUUGAAUUCCAGAAGGGAGCUUACAUACACCGUCAUUUCACAUUCUCCAACGGAAAGCUCACUUCUCAGCCUCUGGGAUCUAACAACAAAAAAUUUGCCUCAGAAUGCAGUGUCGAGAGAAUCAUACUUGUAGGCCUGUCUUCCGUGCCAAAGACUGCGGUCAUCGAACCAGGCAAUCAUAAGGUAGACAUUGAACUCGGACCACUCAUGCUUCAAGGAGGACAGAGCCCAUCUGUCCCAACCAUCCGUAAGCCUAAUGUUGGUAUCGCAGAUGAUUGGACUAUCAGGCUUGUGUAGUAGUAGUAUGUAUGGCUGAUUGGAUCUCUUCCUGGCAUUAUUGAUCUUAUCUUAUCUGAUACAAAAAAGAGUAGAAGAAGAAGAAGAGGAAUUUGGUUGGGCGAACAUUAUUGAAGAAGAGUAGUAGUUCUAGUUCUACCUAGAAAGAAAGCAUGCUACUGUCUUCCAGUCAUUUAGACAUUACUUUACUUGAUAAUUAGUUAUUGAGCGACAGACAGUCUGUUUUGCUGCCUCGAAAUCUUUUUUAAUAUGCAAGGUUGAGGAAUUGCAGAUCAAUUCUACU